CCAUCAUCUCGCUCUUUCUUCUUCCGGCUGUCACUUUGAGUGUUUGGCACACGUGAAUUUCGCUGCAGAAAAUCACCAAUUUUAUUAAAUAAAUAUGGAUAAACCAGUUGUUUGGGCUCGUGUUAUCAAAGUUCUCGGUCGUACCGGCUCCCAGGGACAAUGUACCCAAGUUAAGGUAGAAUUCCUUGGAGAACAAAACCGUCAAAUCAUCCGCAAUGUCAAGGGACCAGUGCGUGAAGGUGAUAUUUUAACCCUACUCGAAUCUGAAAGAGAAGCAAGAAGACUUCGUUAAGGAAGAAUUUAUAUAUUUCUUUUCGAAUGAGAUCUAUGACAUUUAACAUCGUCACUUGUGAGGGUUGCUGAUUGGCAAGUUUGUUUUUUUAUAAAAAAUCAAAAAAAUGAAUGAAAUAAGUGUGAAAUAAAUCAAAAUCUUAUUUCCACAA